AUGCCUUAUCCCGAGGAAGCUGAAGGUUUCCAGGUUGACGCACCUGGAAUCACCGAUUUCAACAAGCGUUUCUUCAAAUUGAAGCCGUUUGGCGACUAUGACAUCGAUAUCAAGAUUGAAGCCUGCGGUGUAUGUGGCAGUGACGUCCAUACCAUCAGCGGCGGCUGGGGCGAGCAGAAAUUCCCUCUUUGUGUCGGCCAUGAAAUCAUCGGACGUGCCAUUCGUGUGGGUCCCAAGGUGACCCUCAUCAACGAGGGUCAGCGCGUUGGUGUCGGCGCCCAGUCCUACUCCUGCGGUGAAUGCAAGCAAUGCCGCAACGAGAACGAAACAUAUUGCCCUGUCCACAUGAUGGACACUUACGGCUCGGAGUGGCCCGAGACCGGAAUUGUCAGCCAGGGUGGAUACAGCUCUCAUGUGCGGACCCAUGAACGAUGGGUCUUCCCCAUCCCCGAUGCCCUCGAUACCAACACUGUUGCACCGAUGCUCUGCGCCGGUCUCACGGCUUACUCCCCUCUGGUGCGGAACAAUGCUGGUCCGGGGAAGAAGGUCGGUGUUGUUGGUCUUGGAGGUAUUGGUCAUUUCGGCGUGAUGUUCGCUAAGGCGCUCGGAGCGGAAACUUGGGCUAUCUCUCGGUCUCGUGCGAAGGAGGCUGAUGCGCUGAAGCUCGGUGCGGAUGGGUAUAUUGCUACGGCUGAGGAGGGCUGGGAGGUGCCGCAUCGGUUCUCGUUCGAUUUGAUUAUCAACUGCGCCAAUUCGUCAGAGGGCUUUGAUCUGGCGAAGUACCUGUCCAUGAUGGAUGUUCAUGGGCGCUGGAUUAGUGUUGGAUUGCCAGAGGAAGAGGGCCAGGUCAUCAAAGCUCAGAAUCUCAUCUCGAAUGGUGUGCUCAUUGGGGCGAGUCAUCUGGGAAGCCGUCGGGAGAUGCUUGAGAUGUUGCAGCUGGCUGCAGAUAAGGGACUCAAGAGCUGGGUCGAGGAAAUUCCUAUCAGCGAGGAAGGCAUCAAGGAGGCAAUGCAGCGUAUGAAGAAGGGUGAUGUUCAUUAUCGCUUCACGCUUACUGGGUAUGAGAAGGUGUUUGGAUAA